UCCAACAAAGCCUCGACUUCCAUUUGUCAAUCCCACAAGAAGGACCACCCAGCCCCACCCACCGCCCCCAACGCCUUCCAGCAGCAGCAGGUUCCCGUCCAGGAAUCCCAACUCACAUCGUCACAAUGGUGGUCCCUACCAAAAUCAAACAGCUACACGCGAAGCAGGUCGCACAGUACGAAUCUGACGGCAUCCUUCUUCUCCAGCACCAUUUUUCCGCCGACGAGAUCCAUGUCUUGAGUCGAGCGGUUCAGGGAGAACUGGUCGGCAAAUCGGCGGACGAUGAGACGGCGGUCAGAGAGAGCGGAACACAUGUCGUCCGGAGCGUCUAUGCAUCGCACGUCGCGGGACAGCCCGUCUUCAAGACCCUCGUGGCGUUGCCCAAGCUGGCUGCCAUCGCGGCGGAGAUCCUCAAGGAUGAUGUGUAUGUCCACCAGUUCAAGAUUAACAUGAAGGCCGGCUACGAAGGUGGAGUAUGGCCAUGGCAUCAGGAUUCGGCGUAUUGGUGCACAGAAGACCUCAUGCCCACCGACAACGCCGUUAACUUCUUCAUCUACCUGGACACCGUGGACGAGUUCAACGGCGCACCGAUGUUCGUCCCCGGCAGCCGCGCCAUCCCGUUGAAGACGACCUUGGUCGAGAGCAAACAGAGGGUCCCCGGCGGCGACGCUCAAGAGAUCGAGGAAGAUGUGUCUGGGUUCGUCGCGACGAACCUCAAAUAUGAGAUAUCGAAGGCCGAUCUGUCCGUCGCGGUCGCCCAACAUGGGUUGGUGUUGGGAAGGGGCAAACCCGGAGACGUCUGGCUCAUGCACCCAUCCACGUACCACGCCUCGCCGGCCAACAUGUCUCCCUUCGACCGGCGAGUCAUCAUCGUCAGUUACAACGCCGUCAGCAACGCCCCGCCAAGCCAAGGCUGCCGGCCAUGGUACCUCAGCAGCACAGAUUUCACGCCCGUGCGAGUGUCGACGGAGCGCACCGACAUACUGCCCACGGACAUUGAGCCCGUCGCGGACAUUGAGGCGGACAUGCAGAGCGGGACAGCCCUCCUGCCGCCACCCGUCGCGAAUGGAACUGCAUCAACGGGCUGCGCGCAGACGGAGGAAGAGCGUUGAUGGGGGGUCGUAUAUAAAGCGAUUCGGAGACAGUUAUAGUUGCAUUGCAGUUUGGUGUCUGUGUGUGUAUGUGUUUUUUUUGUAGUAUCUUCCCCGCCCCUCCCUCUCUCCAUCAUUUAUUCUCCUGUGCAAGGAACAGCUUUUCCCAUACUGGGGAUGCUCUAGUACGUAGACAUUAUUCAAUAGAUUGCCGAGCGAUAUAGUG